AAUGGUACAGCCAGCAUCACGCUGCACAAUGGUUUCCAGGCAGUGAAAGAGCGUGAUUCAGCAAGCCACUCUUCCCCUCCCUCCCCUUUUAUUUCAUUAUUAUCAGACAUUUUGCCUCCCCUUUUUCUGUUCUCUUCUACCCUCUCCCCCAGGCUUUUAUUCAGUUCUUUAAAGGAAAACAGUGAUUUACCUUGAAACCAACUGCUCAUCAUCUCAUAAUUUUUUUUUUUUCUUUCCUGUCCCCCCUCCCCCCCCCCCCCCCCAUUAUUUUAAAUAGCCUGUUUUUUUUCUCUCGGCACUGUUUGGAAUGUGAUCUAAAAAUACCACCUAAAGUCGCAAUUUGGGGAAAAGGUUUCUGGACGAGGAGAAUAGCUCGCAAGCAAGGAAUGGGCUAGUAUUAGAAACCUGUACCAACAGCAGGCCAGACUCAAAUAUCAGCUAUGGCAACCCAUGCAUGAAGUUGAUGCCUUUGAACUAUUUCCUAUAGAUGAGACAGCACAUGCUGUGCUGUUUGCCACUGGGACAGAGGUGAAACUUCGACAGACUGCACUUGUUGAGCAGUGCUCCCCAGACUUGCAGCUCUCCCCAGGAAGACCUGAGAACAAUUAAAAGUGUGUCACCUGGACAAAAUGUAAAACUUCGCUGUCAGACUAUCCUAUCCCUGGUAUUUAUGAGCCGCCAUUUCCUGUAUUAUUUUGGUGAACCUACUCUGGAUGUGAAGAUUGCCUUUUGUCAGGUGUGUGUUCCUUACAGGUAAAACAAGGAACCCAGAACUCCUGAAGACCUCCGGAGCUUCGGAAUAGAUCUCUACGAUACUGAGCCAUGUUGGGUCACAGCUUGUCCCAUUAACUUCUCUGUUUCAAAAGAAACAAACCUGUUGACAGGGAUUUGGGAAACAAGUGGAUGUGUCAUAUAUUGCCAAACAUUACAACAUGAGCAAAAGCAAAGUCGACAACCAGUUCUACAGUGUGGAAGUAGGUGACUCGACCUUCACAGUCCUCAAACGCUACCAGAACUUGAAACCUAUUGGCUCUGGGGCUCAGGGAAUAGUUUGUGCUGCAUAUGAUGCCGUCCUUGACAGAAAUGUGGCCAUUAAGAAGCUCAGCAGACCAUUUCAGAACCAAACUCACGCCAAGAGAGCUUACAGGGAGCUGGUCCUCAUGAAGUGUGUGAAUCAUAAAAAUAUUAUAAGUUUAUUAAAUGUCUUCACACCACAGAAAUCUCUGGAGGAGUUCCAGGAUGUCUACCUAGUAAUGGAAUUAAUGGAUGCCAACCUGUGCCAGGUCAUUCAGAUGGAGCUGGACCAUGAGCGAAUGUCUUACCUUCUGUACCAAAUGCUCUGUGGAAUCAAGCAUCUUCACUCUGCAGGGAUUAUUCACAGGGAUUUAAAACCAAGUAACAUUGUAGUAAAAUCUGACUGCACGUUGAAGAUUCUGGAUUUUGGACUGGCCAGGACUGCAGGCACUAGCUUCAUGAUGACCCCCUAUGUGGUGACACGCUACUACAGAGCACCAGAGGUCAUCCUGGGAAUGGGUUACAAGGAGAACGUGGAUAUAUGGUCUGUGGGAUGCAUUAUGGGAGAAAUGGUUCGCCACAAAAUCCUCUUUCCAGGAAGGGACUAUAUUGAUCAGUGGAAUAAAGUUAUUGAGCAGCUGGGAACACCCUGUCCAGAAUUCAUGAAGAAGCUGCAGCCAACAGUACGGAACUAUGUUGAGAACAGACCCAAGUAUGCUGGCCUCACUUUCCCCAAACUUUUUCCAGACUCUCUCUUCCCAGCAGACUCGGAACACAACAAACUCAAAGCCAGCCAAGCCAGGGACCUCUUAUCAAAGAUGCUGGUCAUUGAUCCGGCCAAGAGGAUAUCAGUAGAUGAAGCCUUACAGCAUCCAUACAUUAAUGUCUGGUACGACCCAGCAGAGGUGGAGGCGCCUCCUCCUCAGAUAUAUGAUAAACAGCUGGAUGAAAGGGAACAUACAAUUGAGGAAUGGAAAGAACUCAUCUACAAAGAAGUAAUGAAUUCUGAAGAAAAGACUAAAAAUGGAGUAGUAAAAGGACAGCCUUCUCCUUCAGGUGCAGCAGUGAACAGCAGUGAGAGCCUCCCUCCAUCCUCAUCUGUCAACGACAUCUCAUCCAUGUCCACGGAUCAAACCCUGGCGUCUGACACGGACAGCAGCCUGGAAGCUUCUGCGGGACCCCUCGGUUGUUGCAGGUGACUAGCCGCCUGCCUGCGAAACCCAGCGUUCUUCAGAGGAUGAUGGAACGUAGGAGGAAAAAAAGAUGGGAGCUAAGAGAUUAAAAGAAAGAGAAAUAAAAUACAGAGAUUUAAGUGAAACAAACAAAGAAAGAAACAAACAAAAAAAAUAUUUUCAGCCUGCUUCUCCUACAGAGUUAUGUAAUGCAGCUAAGCUCAAGUGUGUAUUUAACUUAUAGUUGCUCUGCUUUGGUCUUCUUCCAGUGAUGCUUACUGGGGGGGAAAAGGAAAAAAGGAACUGAAAAAUCCUUUUUUUACCCCCCUCCCCACAAGAUGUAAAAUGAAUGGCUGCAAAACCAGCAACCUGCAACUGUCUUUUUCACACUGGCAUGACAAGGUGUGCAGUAGCCACGCUCCACCAUACGAGUGUGUGUCUGCCUUCACUGUCUGUUCUGCCUGCUGCCCAGUGAGGCAGGCAGGGAUCUCCAUGCAUUUUUCCUCACACAUAUACACACAUGUGCCAACAGAAUCCUGGCAGUGCAUGCAGCUGUGUGCCUGUACAUCUGCACAGGUACUUAGUGUGCACUCCAUGACUAUAAAUGGCCCAUUCCAGGAGAACUGCUUGACUACAUAUGGGAUCUUACAGUACAUAUUCUAUUUGUUUGCUCCUUGAGGAGGUUACAUAUACUGUAUGAGGACUUGUGGAAGUGUAAAUAACCACACAAAACUGUGGCUCCCUCAGACACUUGAAGAUGUAGCACCAAAUUUCUGCUGAGAAUUUUAUAUAUAUUUUGAAAUAAUAACCAGUUUUAUUGAAAGAAGAAGCCACAGAGCUUCAUAGAAAAAUGCUAGUUUGUGAAUGUUAAGACUUCUUGUUCUGAUUUUUAGAGCAGAUAUGCCAAGAUAAGACUGGGUUAGAAGGAAGCACAUGUAUCUUUGCAAGCUACAGGGAACAAGAAUGAAGGGGUUUUAUGCAUGUCUAAGCCCAGAAAGGUAUCAGUAAGCAACUUUUUCUGUCAAUGUUAAGUGAAUUAUCAUCUUAGGGCAUAGAUAGGCUCGCUAUUUUGAAGUACAUGUAUGUUUGUAAAUUAGAGGGUAUGACAGGGUUGGGGAAUAAGCUAACUAUGAUCAAAAGAACAUGCACCAACUUGUUUUUAUUUUAUGUCUAGAUGUUUAUUAGGUUAGCUAGAGAAAGGAUAUUUGCAGCCCAUUCCCUCUCAGUGUGUGUUUGCAACUCAGAGGUUGUUUUCCCUUUUCAUCAUUCCCUUGCAGGCACUUCUGCUACUCAGAGAACAGGCAUUCUAUGGGGUGCUUUUGGCUCUUCAUUUCCUCAUGACAAAUCAGUGGGCUCCCCAGGAAGUUUUAGCAUCUGUGUUACACAGAAAAGAACCACAGAGUGCAUAGGUCUGGUUUCCCUACAUUCUGUCAGCCAAGGUUAUCAAUCAGCUCAUGCGCUGGCCUGGAAGGGUCGCAGCCAGGGGUCUUGGGCAGUUUGGACAAGUUCUGAAGAACCCAACAGUGACUGAAUAUCAAAUUGAAUUUGCCAGGUAAUAAAGCAGAGGAUUUCCCAUGGUAUGUAACAGCAAGUGUUUUUAGUAUGGACAAGUUCUGAAGAACCCAACAGUGACUGAAUAUCAAAUUGAAUUUGCCAGGUAAUAAAGCAGAGGAUUUCCCAUGGUAUGUAACAGCAAGUGUUUUUAGUAGAGAAUGACAAAAUUCCACACAGAAUUUCAGAACCAUUGGAUAUUUUUUUCCAGCUGAAACAGCAAUUGGCAUUUUCCACUGUGAGGUCAUCAUUACCAGAGUUGGAAAUUAACUAAAAUUCAAGUCAUCUGUUCUUUUACCAAAGUAUGCCAUGUAAACUGAAAUGAGAUAAAUCUUACUCUAAUGCUUUUCCAAAUGCCACAGAGAGAAACUGUUUAGACUAUGUUAGUGGAUAUUUUAAAUUCACUAAUUCUUUUGUAUUCAAAACUCUACCAAAAUAGGUCUGUUCCAUUGGGUGGCUUAUGAGCCUGCCAUUCUGUGGUAGGAAAAAAAAUUAGUAUCAAGUCAGAUUUUGUUCAAAGGGAGGAAAGGGAAGGAAAAAUUUCUCUACAGAGGGGGCAGGAGGCGAGAUAAAAAUGAAGAGGAUAUAAAAUAAAAUCAGACUUGGUAGGUCUGAGCUGUAUCAGAAUUGCUGUAGGAAGUGGGGGUCUUUCCCUGAUUAUAUUUUUGGUAGAUUUUUAUCAAAUUUUUUUGAGACUAAAACUAGGUUGUUAAUGUUCUAAAAACUCAGAGCAGUAAUUUUAAAAGCAAUAAUUUACUACUGCUAAAUAUAUUUAGCAAUAUUCUCUCUUAAGCCAUGAAACAUCAGGUCAUUAUUGAGUGAUGUAACUCUCACUCCAAAGCCAAUGAUCAUGAAAGUAUUGAAAGGUUAACAGCAAAGCUCUGUAGGUAUGUAGGCAAUAACACCAAGGGUGACGUCUUAGCAAUAAUUAAAUAUAUCACCUCCUGAUUUAUUUCACCAUAGAUACAUAUUAAUAAUAUUCAGGUAACUAGUAUCUACUUUACAUUCCUUAGUGUGCACCAUUUGGGUGUGUUAUUUAAGCAAAACUAAACUAAGUCUCACUGAGGUAAAACUGCAAAAAUAUCACCAGUGUAGACUGCAGAAACUUGGAGUAAUCCCAGUUCAUCACCAGUGCUGUUAUGGAGAUGUGGCAUAGGCAAUAGAGAAGCCAUUUAGAGUAGAUGGAGACUUGUAGACCUCCUACAUUUCAUCUCUCGAGGGCAAAUCUGUGCUCUUAGUCCCAUGGUAUAAUUCAGUCCUGGUUGGGUUCAUGAGUGCAGGGUAGAGAAGCAGUCACAGGAGAAGGUGUCCUUAGGUGGGCGCUGAAUGGACUCACAACACAGGAGUUACAUAAUCAGCUUUAUUCUCUGAUUCUGCUAGGCACCAGUGCUUGUUCGAACAUCUCAUGGAGACUGUAGGAUGCUUACAAAAAUUUAACUAGCGUGUGCUUUUGUCCUUUGCUCAGCAGUGAUUGACAUCAGCAUGUGCUUAAGUGCCUUGCUGAAAUGGGGCCUGAAAGAAUUAUUGCAUCUCUUUUUGUCCUCAAAUCAGUCUCCUUCAUGAGAAGCUCUGUCUGGGGGAGGAGACUUGGAGCUGUCCACAUUGGACACUAUUAAAAAAAAGCCAUCAAUGAAGAAAAGCAUUAGUUCUUUACAGUUCUGGUCCUUGUAUGUCCAAACUGAAGUAGCAAGAAUAGCAUCCUUCAUUUUGCUUUGUGCCAGGAAUUCUCUGCGGUCAGCUGAUACCUUACAAUAACACAUAUACUCUUGAAUAAAGGAUUGUAGUGAUGAUGUUCUGAGGGCGUUUUAAGGGGAACCACUUUUUUUUUCUGGUUCUAGAAGUUUUUAUACAGUACUCUUAAAGUCUGCUCCCCAUUAUUCCAAAAUUUUAUUCAGCUUGAUAAUGAUAGAUUCUUUCCUUAAUUUUGCCAUUGAUCUUUUAAAUCUACUUCUGCUUAACACAUUUCUAAAUAUAGUACUUUGGCAAUACUUUUCAAUUAAUUCUCUGAGGUUUGCAGUUGUAAGCAUCACUGCCAUACACAGAAAUGAAGGAAAUUGGGAAGCCAAAGAUCUCUGACAGAUGUUCCAAGGCACCAUAGGGGGCAAUCAGUGAGCCUGUGCCAGAAGUGGCAUAACUAACAUAAUCCUGAAAGGCAGCUGGACACCUUGGCAUUUCUGAAAAUAUGCCUCAGAGCCUCUUGGAGUCGUAAGUGCCUCAACACCCUAGGAAAUUCUGUCCCAAGUGGCCCACCUAAGUCAUGUAUAUAGGCAUCAGCAGGGUGACGAGAAUGGCACGAGCAUUAUCUGUCAGUGACUGCUCAGAGCCCUAGCUGCAUUGAGAUGAUAGAGAGGAAGAUUGCUGCAAAACAUCCCUGGGUUUUUUUUCAGAUGAAGAACUUUGGGAUAGUAUGAGGAAAAAUAAAAAGAAAUAAGUCAGAACAGUUCUUAAAAGACCAUCCCUCCAUUUUCUUUCUCACUGCUGAGUUUAAAUGGGGAUGAGGCAUUGAUUUAUUACAAGUUGAUGCAAGGUCAUGUAUUGUGGGAAUUUAGGGUUUAUGUAUGUUUUCAAUCCAAAAUUUUUGGCAGUUUUUGAAAAUGGUCUUCAGAUACUGACUUGGUAGCUGUAAUAGUAUUUUGUGAGUUUUGAUUAUACUCCAUUACAAUAUGUUUUCAGAGAGUUCAGAUAUUUGAGUUGAUCACUGUGAUUUAUUUGACUUAUAUUGUGGUUGAUAUUCCCCCCUCCUAUCUAGAAUUCCAUUGCACAAAUAGAUUCAUGAAUCAUAGCAAGUUGGCAUUAUAUAAAACGGACUUAAACUGGAUGGCAGUGUGCCAAAAAACCCACCAAAAAAAAAGAAAAAAAAGCCCCAAAACCCAUUAAAAAACCAAAACAACAAAGCUACAGAAAGCCUGGUCAGGUUUUCUAAGCCUUAAUGCACUGAUGGUUUUCCUCUGGAAAUGACCAGUUCCUGCACAGAAUUGGCUUCGGAAGGUUACACAAGACAGAUGAUCAUGUGACUAUGUCACUCUUCCAAAUUUAUAAGCAAUUUGGUUCAUAUACAUUCCUUUAUCCUCAUAGAUAUUGCUUUACUUUCUAAUUCUGAACAAUACUGAGGAAAUUAGACCUGUUGCAGUCUAGGUCUUUAAAGAAUGCCUUUAGGGAAUUUCCCAAUUCUUAAGUGAUUUGGAUUGUAUUCUAAAUUUGUCAGUGAGCACCAGUGAUUUCUUUUCCACCAAUUUUUUUUUUCUCAUUAAAAACAUGCUAAUAGUAACUUUUAGAACUGCCUGAGAGAGUCACUUUUAGAAAAUCUCCCAAAUUUUUAAAUUAAAAAUAUGUUUCAAAUAUGUUUGAAUUAUUGUAAAAUGGAAUUGGAAUAUUUUGAUUCGAAGUAACUUCUAGUAACCAAUGCUAGCUUAUAUAUAUUGAGAGCUUCACAGUAGUUCAAAGGACCAAAAACUAUUUUCAUUUCAGAUCUAUUUAUUUAUAUUCAGAUCUAUUUAUAUUUCUUCCUUCAUGUUUAUUUAGAGUUUAAAAUUUUGUGUGAAUUCAAACAUGCAAAAACAAACAAACAAACAAAAAAGGCAUUUUGCAACAAACUCUAUGCUUCCAGGGAGUGCAAUAGAAAGAAAACCUGCAGGGACCAAAUAGUUUUCUUUUUAAAGUCUGAGCUAGUAAUUCAAUUUAUGUUCAGGCUUUUCUUUUUCUUUACUUCUGCACGUGUGUGUAGGGAAGAGAGGGUGUUAAUACGGAUUUUUAGAACCUCUGUUCCACUUGUGCUUGAUCCCAGUUGUCAGUGUGGAUAAAGAGAGGAAUUGUAACAUAAUCAACACAUCUUCAAGAAUCUGAUAGCUGUGCUUAUUUAAACUUCCACCACUUUACAAAGGACACAGUUAACUAAUUGCAAGCUCAACAUGAUCUUUUUUCACACAAACAUAUACACACAUAUACACAAAAAAAAAAAAAAAAAAGCAAAUCAUUAUGCAGUAGGUUUGAAUACCACAUGAAUAUGUAAUUGUCUUAAUUAGUAAGGUGCUUGAGGUAUGCAGGGGAAUGGUGAAUGUGUCAUCUUCACCAAUGAGCUGGAAAACUGACCUGUCCAGUGGAAUUUAGUGGAAUCUUCUUAGUGUAUAUUCUUAGUAACUUGCCAGUGGGGCCUGAUUUUUCUUUCAUUUUUGUUGUUGGUUUGGGGUUUUUUUAAUUAACAAUUGAUUGCAAGAAGUGAAAUGUUUAACUUAAUGCAUGUUCAGGCUCGUUGGCCUAUGGCAAGUUUGAGUUUUAAAGAGGCUUUGAUUUGACAAAAGAAUGUUGAAAAACUUCGACUGAGGCUAAUGGUGCCUUUUUACCUGAGAGGGAAAAGCUGAAAAGCACAUAUUAAAGGAAGACACAGUCAAUUUGGGAAAUAAAUGUAUCCUUACCAUGCUUAUCAUUUCAGACAGGUCUCUUUUGCUAAUUUUCACUGAACAGGGCCAUUCUUGUCUUCUGGAAAGCAAGAUAUUUAUAAUGUAAAUAGUUGUAUGGAAUUAAUUUUUUUCCUUCCUCUGUAACUAAUAUGUAAUAAUUCAACACACUAUUUCUGUUAAAAACUUUUACAAUAAGGCUGCUGUUUGCCUAAAUAUGGUUGACCUCUGACCUUCUCCUGAGUCAGUCACGUGUUGAUAAAGGAGGGUGCUGGAAGUUUCAGUGUACAUAUAGAAUCAUGUAUAUUUAGUAAAUUGGGUAAGUGGGACUUAUGGCCAGUAUACAUUAAGCCACAACAGUAACAGCUCCAGAUCUUAACUAGCAAAUACAACUGUUCACCUUGCCAUGUUCAUCCUUUAAUAAGAUCUAAGUUGCACCUGCCUGUAGUUCUGCAUGAUCAGACUUCAAAGUAUAACUAAGAUCUGUAAUGUAUCAGUGUUGAUCAACAUAGAUGUAAACAAGGAAAAAAAAAAAAGAAAAAAAAGAAAAAAAAAAAGAAAAAUAAAAAAAAAAAGAAAAAUAACAGAAAAAUUAAAUAACUUGACCAACAAAAGAAAAUCAGCAACAGCUCAGUAUCAAGACUGGAAGAUGAGACAUGUCUGAUUUUGUUGCACAGCUAUAACUGAAAAGAACAACCAGUGUCAGUCAGCAUAAAUGGACUACAGUAAGACAUUUGUUAAGGAACCAACAUUAUUUCCAUACUGUUUUGUUCUUACCCUGUUUACUUUGAGUAUCUGUUGUUCCUUGUGUGUGGCACAGGGGAGAACAGGGCCUCAGUGAUCAGCAUUUUAUGGGUCAAUGUCGCAUUAAUGAUUUCUGAUUUUUUGUUUGUUUAGCAAUUACUGAACGAAGAUGGGACUCUCAUGUUCUCCCAUUUGUCAAAAGGAAUCCUGUCAGAGCUUCCUCAUGAGGAUACUCUUCUUACUGCUGUCCUGACUCCUGUCUGGUGAAUGACUUUGCAGUGUUCCCAGGAAAGAGCACAAUGCAGCAGAGACCGCGACCAAGGGUUCCACUGCAGGCGUGUUAUGGUUGUUCUUUCACGGGGGCUCAAAGUCACUCGGGGACAGGACUCAAUUGAAGUAUGGUAUGUACUCUAUGCAUGACGCCUAUAUCACACCUUUAUGACCUUAUUGUGGUAAAACUGAUGAUCUUUACAGAUGUGGAUUUGGACCAUCUUUUGCUUUUUGGAGGAAAACUGUCCUUAUCCCACAAACCACUCACUCCUAUCCAGAGCAGCUAAAUGGAAGUUAGAGAGGUGCAAGGGCCUUCUUGGAACCAUGCCCAUGGGUGAAUUUCAUGCUGUUUGAAUGUGAUCUUGCCAAAAAGCCUGUAUAUCUAGCAGGGGAGACUGUGACUGUCCUAUAAGGAGUGUUUGUGUUGUUUACUUUAAAACAAGCUUUGCUAAUUAAAGUAGUGUAUUCCGGAGUCUA